CAGAUAUUGAGCUCAAAGGAUGAAGAAGAAUCUGAUGGAGAGAAGAAGCAGAAGAAAUCCAAAACAGAUGAAGCUAAGGAGCUACUUGCAAAGUAUGGUGGUGCUUAUCUUGCAACAUCCAUUACUCUUUCACUCAUUUCCUUCUCACUCUGCUACGCUCUCGUUACUUCAGGUGUUGAUGUUCAAGCUCUUCUUCUCAAGGUUGGGAUAUCCACGAAUGAGACAGGAGAGAAAGUAGGUGCGUUUGCUCUGGCUUACGCAGCGCAUAAAGCUGCAUCACCGAUUAGGUUUCCUCCUACGGUGGCUUUGACUCCUAUUGUAGCUAAUUGGAUUGGGAAGAAAGUAGAGAAGGAGAAGCGUGAUUAG